AAGUGGAGUGGUAAGCUAACUUGUCGGAAUGCUCUGACUCUGUUCUCCCCAUUGACCUUUAUAUAUAAACAUCACUCUUCUCAGAUCUCUCUGCUCAACCCUUUACCUUCUUUUCAGCAUAUUUGCUUUUGGUGUUAUUCAAGAUGAGUCAGAAUACUGAGAAAAAAAGUGAAGAAGCUCGAGAAAACCGUCAAGCUCCCCGCUUGAAUGAAAGGAUUCUUUCAUCUUUGUCAAGGAGAUCAGUUGCUGCUCACCCUUGGCAUGAUCUUGAAAUUGGACCUGGAGCACCCCAAAUUUUCAAUUGUGUUGUGGAGAUCACCAAGGGAAGUAAGGUCAAAUACGAACUUGACAAAAAGACUGGAAUGAUUAAGGUUGAUCGGAUUUUGUAUUCAUCAGUUGUUUAUCCUCAUAACUACGGUUUUGUCCCUCGAACUCUAUGUGAAGACAAUGAUCCACUUGAUGUUUUGGUUCUCAUGCAGGAGCCAGUUCUUCCUGGUUGUUUCCUACGAGCCAGGGCUAUUGGACUGAUGCCCAUGAUUGACCAGGGGGAGAAGGAUGAUAAAAUUAUUGCUGUAUGUGCUGAUGAUCCAGAGUAUAAGCACUACACUGACUUCAAAGAACUUCCACCUCAUCGCCUUUCUGAGAUCCGACGCUUCUUUGAAGACUACAAGAAGAAUGAGAACAAGGAGGUAGCAGUUAAUGACUUUUUGCCUGCAUCCACUGCUGUUGAAGCCAUCCAGUACUCAAUGGAUCUUUAUGCGGAGUAUAUUAUGCAAACCUUGAGGCGAUAAACAAGAAUACUAUUCUCCAAGAAUCAGAAUAAGCUUCAAUCUAUACUGUUUUUAAACAUAUUUUGAAGAAACUUUAUUGUAUUUUGUAUUGAGUUGGAUAAUAUACCACUUGUUUGUUUAUUAAGCGAAGAACAAUCAUCAAUUAUGAUGCUUCAUGCAGAA